GAGCAACAAGGAGCAGCAACCGCAGAAAUGCAUACGUUCAGUGAGACGGGUGCAGGAGUACCUGCAUUUUUGGCGAAACUGUGGCGCCUGGUCGAAGACAACGAGACGAACGAUUUGAUAUCGUGGAGCACGGAUGGCCGGAGUUUCAUCAUACAGAAUCAGGCUCAGUUCGCUAAAGAACUGUUGCCACUCAAUUACAAACACAACAACAUGGCGAGCUUUAUUAGGCAGUUGAAUAUGUAUGGUUUUCACAAAAUCACCUCAAUCGACAAUGGUGGCCUGCGGUUUGAUAAGGAUGAAAUGGAGUUCACUCAUCCUUGCUUUCAAAAGGAUCACCCGUACCUGCUGGAGCACAUCAAGCGCAAGAUCGCAACAUCGAAGCAGCAGCAGCUGCAGGCACAGCAGCAGGCAGAGGACAAGAGUGCACUGAAGCUGGAAGCGGUCAGCCGGGUGCUGAGCGAGGUGAAGAAUAUGCGCGGCCGGCAGGAUACGCUUGAUUCGCGCUUCCAGACGAUGAAGCAGGAGAAUGAGGCGCUCUGGCGCGAAAUCGCUAUCCUGCGCCAGAAACAUCACAAGCAACAGCAGAUCGUCAAUAAGUUGAUACAAUUCUUGGUGACGAUCGUGCAACCGUCCCGCAGUGGACUUGGAUCUAUGAGCAAUGGAAGCAACAAGCGUCGAUUCCAGCUGAUGAUCAAUGAUGCCCCACAACAGGCAAAGCUGAAGAAAUCGGAAUACGAUGAAGGAGCGACUAUUGAGGAACUGGGCGAAGCGCUCGAGGAAGUAGCGUACGCAACUCAACAAGAAUUAUUGAAUUCGGAAAUACCGGAGGUUAGCUCGCCGAUGUCGAUGCCGGAGCGGUCCCCAUUCCAUCGCACGGCAACUCCGUCCAUGUCCGGUGGUAGCAGCUCCCGGAGUAGCAAUAGCAGCGGAAGCGGCGGCAGUGGCGGCGGAGGAGGAGGUGGAUCAUUGAACUACAGCGGUGGAAAUGAAACGAUUGAGGAAAUUUUUUCCGAAUCACCGAUACCGUUUCGUACUGGUGGGGAUGUUGGGCCAAGAGGUUCGCUGGUGGUGUCCAAAGGUGGCAAAAUGGAUACAAGCGAUCAGAAUCGUCAGCCAAAGUAUGCCACACGAUCGAGGAAUGUAGGCGAACGUGGUCGUGGAGGCAACGCUAACAAUGCACCGGCCAACCUAAUUCAACUUAUCGAAAGCACUAUCGAUGGCGAGGAACUAGAGGAUUAUGGUGAACCGUUGGAGGAAGACAACGAGGACGAUGAGCAUGGAUAUUUGGUCGAUCAUGUGGAUGAGAUAGAUCCAACGAUCGUGCAAUUGUAUAACCAGGAUAACGACAGUGAAAUGAUGCUAAACACACCGAUGGUAAUUAAGGAAAUGGAAAAGCAGCAGCAACAACAACAACAGCAGCAACAGCAACAACAACAACAACAACAGCAGCAGCAGCAAAAGCAACAAAAGCAACGCCAACAAGUCGGUGGAAAACGUGGAGAAAGUUUGUUGAAGGGGAAUAGCGGCGAUAGCAGCCGUAAUGAUGGAGGGCAGCCGCCACUAUCGAAUACGUCUCGUUCCCAGGGUAGAAGUCUAUUAUCUUCUGUCCCGAAUCCGGCAAAGGCUGGUGGAAGUGGAUUAAAGGCUUCUCCAACCCCGGAAAUUCCGACAAUGAUUAUGACCCGAGGUGGCAAAAAGUUGGCUAUGGUAAAAAAGCAAACAACGUCCACCAACGAACAGCAGCAGCAGCAGCAGCAACAACAGCAACAACAGCAACAACAGCAACAACAACAGCAACAGCAGCAUGAAGAUUCAUCUUCGCCUGGCCUGUCCGGAUUUAAUCAGCAGUCGAACGUUAGCAAUAAUAGUGCUAAUACGCCGUCUCCGUCAUCCGUUGCUUCGGAUGGUUUAUCCUUCGCCUCCGAUAACAACGGAUAUAUUACAGCGACCGACAUUGUGCCGAACGAUAUAUUUGAAGACAGCAACGAUCAGAGCAGCGGAAUUGUGAAGAAUGAAAAUAAUCCUUCACCGAUGCUUAGCAGUGGAUUUAACUUCAUCGACGGAGGCUACUACAAUCCGAACGUGAACAUAAACCAGAUGAAGGCUGGUCGGCAGCAGCAGCAGCAGCAGCAGCAGCAACAACAGGUGCUGGCACCACAGAGCAAUCAACAGCAGCAACAGUCCUCACCUUCUGUUAGCCACAUGCUCAACGGCGAAGAUGAAGAAUUCGACGAGAACUCGCUCGAUUCGUCACUGCUACUAAAUCGGAGCACAUCCCAGGCUGGCAAGAACGACACCACGGAUCAGGAGCAGCAAAUAUCCAAGUUUGUCAGCAAUGAUCUAGACGUGUCCCGUCUGAACACGGUGGCCGAGUAUGGACAGCACAUCGACUCCGUACAGAACGAUUUGGAAUCGCUAAAGGAACUGCUUAAGGGCGAAGGCUACCAGCUCGAUGCGAACGCACUGCUCGGGAACGCAUGCUCUACCGCACCCCCGUUCGGACGCGUGUAUUUCCCGUCGUGCCCGUUCGAUCUGGAUACCAUCAAUAAGGUUAGAACCGAUCUUUUCAACAACAACGAAGACAUGCUGGGCUACGAUUUUCCGAUGAACCUGCCGGACAUGAUGACCGACGAUCAGCAGCAGGUGUUACAGCAACAUCAGCAGCAGGGACAAACGUUGCCUCAACAGCAACAGCACAGCAGCAGCAACGGCAGUGACAAGUCUGCCUCCUCCAGCAGUCCGACACCCGGAGGACACAUUUCACCCGUACCGUCAGCGCACACACAGCUCAUGAGUUACAAGCUGCAUGGAGGUGAUCUUGCUGGUGCAAAUAAUAACGUACAUAAUGGCAUUCUUGGCAUUGGACUGCAUGGCAAUGGUAGCAACGGCAUGCAUGCUAGCAACGGAAAUGGCCACAUUAACGUUGGAAACGGUGUCAUCGGUCCCGGCGGUACCCUCGGCAUUGUGUCGGGCGAUUACAUCGAUCUGAACGAGCUGCUAAACAUGGACGCUAAUUGCGCUGGUAACGACGAUGAACAUUCGCUGGUCGCCUAA